AUGUGUCAGAUACCGUUAUCUCCUCUCGGGCAAUAUGGUUCUCCUAUUGUCGGUGAUGUUCCACAACAACAACAACAAAAUCCAUCAUCAAAUGUUCAAAUACCUUCACCAGCAUCAAGUUCAAAUGAUAAUUAUUUAGUUGGAAAUUUAUCUGAAUCAUUUACAUUUCAAGUUGCUCCACCAUCAAUAAAAGUAACUUAUUUAGGUUUAAAUGGUUUUUCAUUGUAUAUAAUGGGUGUUGGAUUUUCGAAUAAAUCAAAAUUUAAUUAUGAUGAACAAAAUAAUCGUUUAACGAUUCUUUCACUUGAUUCAACAACAGUUGGUUAUUAUUCAGCAGUUGAUGCACAUUGGAAAACAUUUAAUAAUAUACUUAGUGCUAUUAAUGUUUCAUCACUUCAAAUUCAUAAUUCUCAUGUUAGUGAAGAUAAUAAUGGUUCAUCACUUGUGUCUUGUUCAGUAUCAAUUAUACGUUCAACAUUUAAAUUAUCCGAAUCAUCUUCAAAAUCACAAGGUACUGAAAAUUUACCUCGUUUAGAUUUAUUUCUUUCAACUCGACAAUCAUCAUCAUCACCAUUAUUAUCAAAUAAUAAAAUUUAUAAUGAUACAUUAUAUGAACAAAAUUUUACACGUACAAUUACAUUACAACGUCCAUUAACACGUGCUGAUCAUAAUGGAACAAUUCAAUGUCAAGUUGAAUCAAAUAAUAAUAUCGAUGUUUAUCUUAUAAAAUCUAUCCCAAUUGAUAUUGAAUAUGGACCUAAUUUAGAAACAGGUGCAUUACCAACAAUUACUUUAGAAAGUGAAGCAUUGAAAAUGAUUGCAAUGGAUUGUCAAAUUGAAGCAAAUCCAACUCCAUCCUAUGUUUGGUAUGAAACAUUAAAUAAUGUAUCAACAGGAAUAAUAAUGUCAGAUUAUGGUCAACAAAAUUCCUAUCAACAAAUACCACCUGUUGGACAAAAUGUAUUUGGUACAACAAGACAAAUUCAAAGAAUUUAUCAGUAUCCAGAACAAUAUGCAAUGCAAUGUCAAGCACAAUCAAGAGGAAAAACUGUUAAACAAGAUUUUAUGAUUACUGUUCAUCCACAAUCAAAUGCAAUGAAAACAAAUUCAGAUAUAGCCGGAAGUCGUGAAAAAUCAUACAAAGUUCCAAUGAUUAUUGGAAUAAGUAUUGGAAGUAUUUUAAUUCUACUUAUUAUUGCUAUCGUAAUCGCUUUAUUUAUUUAUCUAAAACGACAAAAAUCUGAUCCAGAUAAAAAACAAUCAAUAAGUGUUGAAAAAUUAUCGAAUGAUAAACAAGGAAAAUCUCGUUGGGGUGGUUUACCUAUUGAUUAUUCAAAAUAUAAACAUGAAUCAUUAAAAGCUGAUUCAUCAUCAACAUCUCAUUUAGUUGAAUCAGCUGAAACAAAUUCUAUUCAAGUACCACCACCUAUACCUGCUCGUCCAUCACCAAUGACAAGUACUCACUCUUCAUAUCGACAAGCACCUUCAACAUCAGUUUCAUUUUCUUAUCGUCAAGCAAGUGCUCUGCCUGGUUUUCGUCCAUCGAUGCCAUCACGACCUUAUUCACCUGAAGAAGAAGAUGCUGAUGAAGUAAGCACAAGUAUUAAUGCAAUACCAUUAACAACAAAUCGUUCACGAACAAAUACACCAUUUGGUUCACAUAAAUCUCUUUCGGAAUCGAUUCAAUCAUUACGAUCAAAUCAACAACCAGCACUUUCAUUACCUGUUAAAAAACGUUUACCUGAACAACCAGAAAUUCUUCCUAAACGAGAACAAAAACCAAUAUCAAAUGAAUCAAAAAGUGAUUAUCAACAUCAUCAUUAUCAUAAUCCAGCACAAUUACGAGCUCAACAACAAACAAAACUUGCUGAUAAUACAUCAUCAGAAGAAGAAGAACUUGAAACUCAACAAACAAAUCAAACAUCUGAAGGUUCAGCAAUUACUGGUUCAACAACAUCAGGAUAUAAUCAAGUUGAUUUUCAUCAACCAAAUGAACGUCGAAAAAUACCACCACCAUCACCAUUACAAAAAAAUGUUGUUCCUCAAUCAACAGGAAUAAUUCAUGAUGAAGUUCCACCAUCAUACAAUCAAAUUUCGACUAAAACAUCUCCAUCUCAUGCAUAUAUUUAUCAGGAACCAACUGAAGUUUAA